AGAAGUGUGCGUUGUAAACAUGUGCUUAUAGCUAGUAAGAAAGUACUUCUGUGAAAUUGAGAAAAUUUCACUGAAAUAAGUGUUUAUAUUACUACGAGUUACAGAUAAACUAAACGUAGUCUUCCUUUGGACAAGAAAGAUUCGCAAAAUAGCCAUAAGUAACACCAACUGACACACGGCAUCAUGAGCUUCCGUGGUGGCGGACGAGGAGGCGGCGGCGGCGGUUUUCGCGGUGGUAGAGGAGGCGGAGGUGGUGGCGGCGGCGGUGGUUUUCGAGGAGGUGGUCGUGGUGGAGGUCGCGGAGGCUUCAACAAUCGGGGUAGUUUUGGAAAUCGGGAUGACGGACCGAAGAAUAUUAUUCCCCUUGGAUACUACGACUAUCCUUGCCAGGAGGAUCUGGUCGCCAAGGUAGAAGUUGAAAAUGUGCCCUUCUUUAAUGCACCGAUCUACAUGGAGGGAGAGAAGCAGAUUGGCAAAGUGGACGAAAUAUUCGGGCAUUUGCGAGAUUUCUACAUAUCGAUCAAGCUGAUGGACAACAUGAAAGUGGACGGAUUUCAGCCGAAGCAGAAGUUGUUUAUCGAUUCCGCCAAGCUGCUUCCGUUGGCGAGGUUCCUGCCGGGUAACAACAACAAGAAACCGGGCGGGCGUGUUGGCAAACCUGGUGGUGGUCGUGGAGGAGGCGGUGGACGCGGAGGUCGGGGAGGUGGCGGCUUCAGGGGUGGUCGUGGUGGUCCUGGAGGCGGCAGAGGUGGUGGUGGCGGUCGUGGAGGAGGUGGUGGAUUCCGUGGUAAUCGAGGCGGUGGUGGGGGAGGUAAACGAUGGUAACUUCAUGGUCGUUGUUCAAGAAGUUUGUUUUCUAAGUAAAUAUAAAAUAUUGUAACACCUCAGAUGAUGUUUAAAAAGUCCCUAUUUUGUAAGAUAAACGUAAGUGUAGUAAAAUAA